AUGGUUCAAAUUAUAGACAAUUUACUAGAAAAAUACAAGGAAAAGUAUCAGAAAGCGAUUACACAUCCCUUAACAAACGAAUUAUGCGAGGGAACUUUACCUGAUUUUAAGCUUUUCACAUACUUAACCCAAGACUUAAAGUUCUUCCAAUUAGGAAUGAACGUCUUUGGCAAAACCUUAGCAUAUUGUGACAACACCGAAUCAGCCAUUAUUUUAAGUAAACAAAUAGGCUUUAUUGCUAACGAUGAAAAUAAUUAUUUUGAUAAUUGUUUAUCUCAAUUGAAGGAAACCAGCAAACCCGAAUUGGAAAAGUAUUGUUCCAAAAUGUUGCUUGGCUCCAAUUCUCCUAUUUUACCUGAAGUUGAAGAAUACCUUUCGUAUUUAAAUUAUUUAGUGCAUUCAUCGCUGUCGUAUGUUGAAAUAAUCACAUUCAUGUAUUUAAUGGAGCAAGUCUAUCUUGGUUGGGCUGAUUUCCAUCUUCUCAAAGGAGACAUUCCCGAAGAUUUACAAUACAAGCACAAGGAGUGGAUCAUUCUUCAUAGUGGAGAUAAAUUUACUUCUUGGGUUGAAUUUUUAAGAAGAGAAGUGAAUAGAGUAGUCAUUUCGGAAGAUGAUCGUUCCAAGUGUGAAGGAGCGUUCUUGAAGGCUUUAGAUUUGGAAAUUGCAUUUUUCGAAUCAUGUUAUGCAUAUAAAGAAUAA